AUGAUUCACCCAGCUGCUGUGGGACUUCUGGCUUUGCAGGGAAGCCAAUCUGCUGCUAAGAACUCAGGGGCUCAGUCUCAAAUCACAAUGAACAACUAUACGGAUGUGGCAGAGUUUGUCCUUCAGGGAGUCUCUGGAGAUCCUUGGUUCCAGGCUUCUUUCUUGGCCUUUUUCUCCAUUUUCUAUAUUAUGGCUGUUACAGGAAACACCCUCAUUUUCAUGGCCAUCAGCCUGAACCCAAGUCUUCACACCCCCAUGUACUUCUUCCUUGCAAACCUGGCUCUGAUGGACAUUGCCUGCACAUCCACUGUUCUUCCCAAGAUGUUGGAUGGUCUGGUAGGGAAGGGCAGCCACAUCUCUUACAAGGGAUGCUUGACCCAGAUUUUCUUUCUAUCCUGGGUUCUGGGGGCUGAGCUGCUGCUGCUCACGGCCAUGGCCUAUGACCGCUAUGUGGCCAUCUGUCGCCCACUGCACUACAGCAUGCUGAUGAGUCGGCCCGUCUGUGUCCUGCUGGCGGCCAGUGUGUGGGCCAUCAGUGCAAUCAACACAUCUGUGCACACUGGCCUGUUAGUACGACUUCAUUUCUGCGGCCCCAACCAAAUCCGCCACUUUUUUUGUGAAAUCCCAGCACUGCUACUGCUGUCUUGCAGCCCGACCACCCUCAACAAGAUCAUGGCUGUCAUUGCAGAUGUUUAUUUUGGUGUGAUCAACUUCCUGUUUACCAUGAUAUCCUACAGCUUCAUCAUUGCCAGCAUCCUACGCAUCCGCUCUGCAGAGGGUAAGAGGCGUGCUUUCUCCACCUGCUCUGCCCAUCUGGUGGUGGUCACCUUGUAUUACUCCACUAUCAUAUAUGCCUAUGUGCAGCCUGGAUCCGGAUCCUCCAUGGAAAAUAGCAAGGUGGCUGCCUUACUGUACACAGCAGUCAGCCCAACCCUGAAUCCCCUCAUUUACUCUCUGAGGAAUAAGGAUGUCAAAGUGGCCCUCAGAAAGGUGUUUCCCUGUGUCUGUUGA